AUGCACAAAGAUACUGGAGGUAUUACAAGCAACCUACUUGGAGGUUUAUCCAGCUGUCUUAGGAAAUGCAUAUUCGGCAUAUUAUCUAUGGGUCCUGUGCCACAUCAUAUUGCUUUUAUCAUGGACGGGAAUCGAAGGUUUGCAAAGAAGAGUAACUUGGCUGAAGAGAUUGGUCAUAAGGCUGGAUUUUCAUCUCUCAUUUCCAUGCUUAGGUAUUAUUAUGAAUUAGGAGUGAAGUAUGUAACUGUCUAUGCAUUCAGCAUCGAUAACUUCAAAAGAAAGCCCAAAGAAGUGCAAUCCUUGAUGGAAUUGAUGCGAGAAAAGAUUGAGGAGUUGCUUCAAGAUGAAAGCAUUAUCAAUGAAUACGGUGUUAAACUACAUUUUAUUGGAAACUUGCAGUUAUUGGCUGAACCUGUGAGGAUUUCAAUGGAAAAGGCAAUGAAGGUCACUGUCCACAACAAACAGAAAGUAUUGUUAGUUUGUGUAGCCUUAACUACCUCAUUUUUUGGUGCCAUUCCUUUUAUACUAUUUAACUUGAGUUUGUAUAUUAAUAAGAUUAUAUGA